GUUGAGGUUGUCAUCUUGUCGCCCUGUCUGCGGACCAUGGAGGAAGUGCUGGCAGAUGCGGCGGUCCUGGCGAACACCAUCAGUUUCUUGCCGCGACAAGACGCCAUGUCCAUGGUGUAUGUCAAUUCGAUGUGGACGAAGGCGUUGAUGCGGCCGGCAGUGUGGGAAGAGCUCGCGCAGACACCGAAAGGACCGAUCCUCGCAACGUGCUUUCGACGAGCCGCAUCGUACAUUUACACAGAAAUGGAUGUUCCAUCACCCAAUGUGAAUCGCCGCGGGUCGCCACCGACAAUUCGCGGAUGUUUGCUAAGCGAUCGGUCCACCAUCAAGGACUAUAUUGACGAGCUGAAUGGGAUGUAUUACGAGCAGAGGAGGAUGGAGAAGGCGCCGAGGCUGCUGCAACUGCCGGACGUGCUCGUGGACGACUCCAAGGCGAAGGGCGACCAGUCCAGCGAUACUGUGAAGAAUGCGUUUCACACGGUCAAGCUCAUCGACAGCGAAAUAGACGGCACGUCGGGGGCAUCUCAUGUACUCUCUGGAGGGAUAACCAUCGAUGGCGGGUUCUUCUAUUUGUGGCGACUGAAAGAUCUCGCGCUAUGCGGGACGAUUGCGCUGGCGUCGGCGGCAUGUUUUGACGUGUGCUCGACCGCGUUGGCCAUUGGGACUGUCGAUGGCACGGUGAAAGUGUGGGACUUCGCCACGUGGCUGUCGCGGAUGUCUGAAGCGUCGGCAUCUUCGCUGAACCCGCGCUUGAUGAUCAUUCCUCCCACAACAACGCUUGCGCUACGUAGCCAUAUGAAUCUGACGUCGUUCCUGCGCACGCGGUCGAGUCAGACGCACCGGAUCACGCAGGUGAAAAUUGACGUGAGCGACGGCGCGUUUCUGCAGGCCGCCGCGACGACGGACAAGGGCGACGUCCACGUUUGGGACGCUACGAAAAGCGAAAUCGUCCUCUCUCUUGGUCCCGAACGCAUCCACACAUCGACGCUGCCGCGCAUGGCGCGGGAGUCGCGGCCGCAAGUGACAAGCCUCAUGUUGAUUCGCAACACAUUGGUGUGCGGGACGUCUGCUGGGUUCGUGCGGAUCUUCGACCUCCGCAACGGCAAGCUCACGCAUCGCCUCAGCGGCCAUCCCGGUACAUCCAUGCUUCUCGUCUGUGAUGUGGGUCUUGAUUUGGUGUCCAGAUGCGAUCCUAAAGACGGGUACAAAAGGCCGCGUGCUGUGGACCGCCGGUACAGACGGGUCGAUUCGGUGGUGGGGUGGCAAGUCCGCCAAAGUGUGCCCCAAGUCUGCGCUGUGUCGGGGCCGUGUCAGCGCCCUCGAGAUGGACGAGACGGCCGUCGUCGCCGGCUUUGAGGAUGGCGGUUUGCAGGCAUGGGAUGUGCGCACGCAGCAGCCGCUGUGCACGUUUGCGUCGUCGUCGAUCGGGGUGUCAAGUGUUCAGUUCGACAAGCGCAAGUUGAUCACCGUGUCCAAGGAUGGCAUCGCGUGUGUGUGGCGGUGGUACUCAAUGUAUCCGCACGGCGUGUUCCCGGCCAAAUUCAAGUAUACGUCCGUGUGCUUUGAUCAAAAGCACUUGGUGCUGGGGACGACGGCAGGUGUUGCCGCCGUGUACAAGAUGGAGGGCGCGCCCCACAAGAAACCCCUGAGCGUGUACGACUACUAACAAGAUGGGGUGAUUGAACAAGUGUAUGGAAGCG